AUGGCAAUGGAAUGCCCAUCACCUAUAUUGUCCCCAGAAACCAGUGUGGUCACAAAGGGUCAAAAAGUAUCUCUGAUUUGCUCCAUCAAGGAAAAAUCACCAAUACUCAAGUUCUACUCUUUGUUUCUGGGUAAGAACCACCUGAAAACUGACACUGAAAAAGGUGAAACCAAGAUUUUUAACCUAAGCAUCUCAGAAGCCAGUGAUUUGGGCCCCUACAAAUGCAAAGUCCAAGUUAUCAACUGCUCAAAGUACAGUCAUGAGUUCACCUUCACAUUGGUAGACCCAGUGGCUGUCCCGGUCCUGAACGUUAGUGUCAUUCAAACAGAAGCAGGCCAGUAUACGCUAACACUCCACUGCAUCUCGCCCAACGGCUCUUUGCCCAUCGAUUACACUUUCUUUGAAAAAAAUAUCGCCAUCUCACCAGUUAUUUCCAAGGAUGUAAGGGAGCCUGCUGAAUUUAACUUCACCAAGAAGAGAGCCGGAGAGGGGGACGAGUAUAGGUGUGAAGCUAAAAACAGACUGCCUAACAACACAAGACACAGUCAGCCUGUCUCCAUGCCCUCAACAGGUGGAGAUGGCUGUCCUCUCUGCCUGCAGCUACUGCUUCCGGGGUUAUUACUGAUGCUAGUAGUGCUAGCCCUGAUCCUGGCCUGCUGGAUACAACCAAAAUACAAAGCAAGAAAAGCUAUAAGAGAGAAAGUGCCCAAGGACUAUGGAGAUUCGUCCACAGAAGCUGCAGCAUAUGCGAACAUCUGUAAACACCAAGCAGACAAAGAAUCUGUGCCAGGCUUGGAACCAAUGCAGUAUGAUUUCACAGCCCAAGACGGCACCGGCCACUCCCAGGAGUUAAAUUACGCUACCCCCAUAUUCCAGAAGGUGGCAUCAGGAGAGCAUGGUGAGCUACAGCUGUUGAAAUGA